UUGACUUAGACGUUUAAUCACAGCGUUGGGUGAUAAGCAGGGGAUCAAAUGGAGGCACGGAAAGCCCAGAAUAACAGGGGCAGCCGCCUAGAGCCCCGCAGAGGGAUUCCUGGUGGAGGCUGCGAUAAAGCUGGAGGCGGUUAUCACGCUGCUUCAGUUGGACAGAGGUGAACGAGGGAGGUGACGCCUCCGCAGCCUGCCAUCCAAACUGGGUUUACUGGGCCGUUUCUCCUCGUCCACGCGGGACACGCGCUUUGUGGGGGUUAGAGUUCAGGUCUCCACGGAUCAUUGGAGCCCACGUCCCGGCUCCGUGCGCUCCAGGUUCGCUACAGAUGAGAAGCAGCGCGCACCGGAGAGGGAUCCGGUUACCAACUUCACCGACUCCGGGCCACGUGACUCGGGUCCUCCUCGUUUUAAAAACGCGCCGUUGCGAGCGCGCGGUUCCCUCCAGAGCGUCAAGGGGGCCGACGCUUCUCUUCCACCACCUGAGCGACUCUCGCACCCUUUUUCUUACUCUGCGCGAGUCGGAGGACGGAUGUCGGAUGAUGUCGGCAGCCUUCUGACGGCGCGCGCCCCCGAGCCCUAAGAGUUCGUGUUUCCGAUAAGUUGGCAUCCUGUGAGCCGGUCUGUAAUCGGCACCUCGCCUUUGAUCCGCUGGCCAAGAAUGGCCCCGGAGCGCACGGACGCGCUCCGCGCCCCCGCUUUGCUGGCGUGCGUGAUGAUCUGCAGCAGCGUGCUGCGUCCCGCCGGUGCCCGUCUCUACAACAACCGCUACGCAGGGGACCAAGUCUUCAGGAUAACUCCAGGCAGCGACGAGGACGUCCGGGUGCUCAAGGACGUUCUGGAGCACGUGAAGGUGGACUUCUGGCAGCCCAACAGCGCUUCGCUGAUCGGCCCCAACGCCACCGUGGACGUCCACGUGAAGCGCGGUGACACCCGUGGUCUGCGCGCACGGCUGAAGCAAGAACACAUCGACCACCAGGUGUUUAUCUCCGAUCUGCAGAGGGAAAUCGAGAAGCAGACGGGAAAUCGCUCCUCUCGCCAGCGCAGAUCAGAGUCUCAGCAUGACUACAACGUUUACCACUCUCUGGAAGAGAUCCAGAGCUGGAUGUUUGAGAUGAACAGAACGCACCCGGACCUGUUGGACAUGUUCUCCGUCGGGAAGUCGUACGAGGGAAGGCCGCUCUACGUGCUUCAGCUAGGAAAGAGAGGCCAUCCCCAUAAGAAAGCCGUGUGGAUCGACUGUGGGGUUCACGCCAGGGAGUGGAUCGGACCUGCUUUCUGCCAGUGGUUCGUCAAAGAGGGAAUCGCCUCCUACCAGGAUGACUCUGUGAUGAGACGACUGCUGGACCAGCUCAGCUUCUACAUCAUGCCCGUCUUCAACGUGGACGGAUACCACUUCAGCUGGACCACGGAUCGGUUCUGGAGGAAGACGCGGUCCAAAAAUCCCAAGUUCCACUGCAGAGGCGUGGACGCGAAUAGAAACUGGAAAGUGAAGUGGUGUGAUGAAGGCGCUUCGUCCCAUCCCUGCGAUGACACCUACUGCGGCCCCUUUCCAGAGUCGGAACCCGAAGUCCGGGCCGUCGCCAAGUUCCUCCGGAAGCACAAGAAGCGCUUCAGAGCGUACAUCUCCAUCCACGCCUACGCCCAGAUGCUGCUCUACCCCUACUCCUACAAGUACGCCACCAUCCCCAACUUCAGUUGUGUGGAGUUAGCGGCUCAUAAUGCAGUGACAGCCCUGUACUCUGCGUAUGGAGUGAAGUACAGAUACGGACCGGCCUCCACGACCCUGUACGUGAGCUCGGGCAGCUCCAUCGACUGGGCCUACAGGAGCGGCAUCCCGUACGCCUUCGCCUUUGAGCUGAGGGACACGGGGUACUUCGGCUUCCUCCUGCCCGAGUCGCUGAUCAGUCCGACCUGCACCGAGACCAUGAGAGCCGUGACGGCCAUCGCGUCGGGGCUGCUGAAGAAGUGCAAGACGGACAGAGGCAGAUUUCCAUAUAUAUGACCACAGCGGAGGUUCCUGGAGCCACACCCUCUGAGCCACUUAUCUCUGCACCUCAUAUUUGAAUGAGAUUUCAUUUUAUGCCCUGAUACUAUCAGAGCGGGGGCUCAGAAGAACCAAGCAAAGCAUGAAUUCUAAUUAGUUCCUCUUGCUUUUGAUGCUGACUUUCUUUUUCCUCUGAAGAGGGAAGGCAGCGGUUGUGGGAUUUUAGGAAAUUCUACAGUAAGUGACAGCAGAACGACACUCACAGUAGCAAAGAGCCUCCUGACAGCCUUGAGUUUAAAGCAAACAAAUAGAAGAACGGUCGUUAUUUUAAUCCUAUAAGC